AUGCAACGCCUGGUUCGGGUGUAUAUCCAUCAGCCCCAGCAUCAACGCCACCCCCUCCGCCUUAUUGCCCAUAUCCACCCAAAUAUCACUCCCCCCACAAAACACACUUCAGGCCCUGCAUGCAGCAGCAGCAGCAGCAGCAGCAGCAGCAGCAGCGGUAGAGCGGCAGCAGCAGCAGCAGCAGCAGCAGCAGCAGCAGCAGCAGCAGCAGGAACAAGUGAUACAACAGAAGCAGCAAUUACAACAGCAGCAGCAACAGCAGCUAUAGCAGAAACGAGUACGGCAGCAGCUGCAGCAACAGCACCAGCAGCAGUAGUUACAGCAGCAGCAACACAGCAGCAGCAGCAGCAGCAGCAGCAGCAGCAGCAGCAGCAGCAGCAGCAGCAGCAGCAGGAUACCGAAGGUAUUUCUGAUGUCGCUGCGUAUGAUCAUAACCCCCUCAUGGAGGCUUUCUCUGUGCAUCCCCCGGUUGUCAACACAACCAAAACGAACUGCUGCAGCAGCAGCAGCAGCAGCAACAGCAGCAGCAGCAGCAGCAGCAGCAACAACAGCAGCAGCAGCAGCAGCAGCAGCAACAGCAGCAGCAGUAACAGCAGCAGCAGCAGUACCGCAGCAGCAGCAGUAACAACAGCAGCAGCGGCAGCAGGAACAGCCGUACAGCAGCAGCAGCAGCAGCAGCAGCAGCAGCAGCAGCAGCAGCAAAAGCAGCAGCAAAAGCAGAAGCAGCAGCAGCAGCAGCAGCAACAGGAGACAGUUGUAUGUAUUUCUAUUAAUUAA